AUGGCACAGAACCAGCAGGCCGUGUACACAACUGACGAGUACGGUAGGCCGUUCAUUAUUGUACGGGAACAGGCCAAAAAGACCAGGAGCUAUGGAAUCGAGGCUAUCAAGUCUCAUAUUCUCGCGGCACGUACGGUAGCCAAUAUUGUCAAGACUUCACUCGGCCCCAAGGGUCUCGACAAAAUCAUGAUUGGACCUGAUGGUGAUAUCACUGUCACAAAUGAUGGGGCGACUAUUCUGGGGCAAAUGGAGGUCGAACACCAGAUCGCCAAGCUUUUGGUUCAGCUUUCCAAGAGCCAAGACGACGAAAUCGGUGAUGGUACCACCGGUGUCGUUGUCCUUGCUGGUGCACUCUUGGAGCAAAGCGAGGCUUUGAUUGACCGGGGCAUUCAUCCUAUUCGAAUUGCAGAUGGCUUCGAAAAGGCUUGUGCAGUCGCAGUCGAUCACCUUGACAAAAUCUCCGAUACCGUUGAAUUCUCGAAGGAAAAUACCGAGAAUUUACUCAAGACAGCUAUGACCAGUUUGGGUAGCAAAAUCGUCUCGAAAGCCCACCAAAAGUUUGCGCAAAUUGCCGUCGACUCAGUACUUUCUGUCGCCGAUCUUCAAAGAAAGGACGUUGACUUUGAGCUCAUCAAAGUUGAUGGAAAACUCGGAGGUGCUCUAGAAGACACAACGCUGGUCCAGGGUGUUGUAAUCGACAAGGAUUUUUCACACCCUCAAAUGCCGCGUUCAGUGUCCGAUGCCAAACUCGCAAUCCUAACGUGCCCAUUUGAGCCCCCUCGCCCUAAGACAAAGCAUAAACUCGAUAUCACGAGUGUGGAGGAGUACAAAAAGCUCAGGGAAUACGAGAAGGAAAAGUUCAAUGACAUGAUCAAGCGCGUCAAAGAUACUGGGGCAAACUUGGUGAUCUGCCAGUGGGGUUUCGACGACGAAGCAAACCACCUGUUGAUGCAGAAUGAGUUACCUGCUGUGCGGUGGGUCGGAGGGCCUGAAAUUGAGCUUAUUGCCAUCGCCACGAAUGGUCGUAUCGUCCCUCGCUUUGAGGAUCUUACUGCGGCGAAACUUGGAACAGCAGGGAUUGUUCGAGAGGUCUCGUUUGGUACAACGAGGGAUAAGAUGCUUGUCAUUGAAGAGUGCGCAAAUAGCCGUGCAGUCACAGUGUUCGUCCGUGGUAGCAAUAAGAUGAUCAUUGAUGAGGCCAAACGCGCACUACACGACGCAAUAUGUGUAGUACGUAACUUGGUAGUGGAUAACCGAGUUGUAUACGGUGGUGGUGCGGCCGAGAUUAGCUGUUCAGUAGCAGUCUCCAAAGCAGCAGAUGAUAUCCCUUCAAUCGAACAAUAUGCCAUGCGCGCAUUCGCCUCUGCGCUGGAUGCUGUUCCGCUUGCGUUGGCUGAAAAUAGCGGCCUAUCGCCUAUCGAGACCCUGGCUGAGGUCAAGAGCAGACAGAUCAAUGACAACGUUCAUACAUAUGGUAUCGACUGCAAUAACAGGGGUAACUUCGAUAUGAAAAAACAAUUUGUUUAUGACCCACUGAUUUCGAAACGACAGCAAUAUUUGCUAGCCACCCAAUUGGUGCGUGCUGUGCUGAAGAUUGAUGAUGUUAUUACGUCCGGAAGCAUGGACGAGUGA